UUAAUUCAAUUCGGAUCGGCUGUUGAACCCAUAAAUUUGGUGAUCCAAUAUAAAUAAGGUUUAGGUUUUCUGACGGAGAUAACUAACAAGUUAGGGUUCAAAAAUUGGGUCGCCGCUGAUGGAUAUACGAGAAGAAGAAACGGGAGAUGGGGAGAGAAGAAUACAAUCCAAAGAAGAGGAGAGUAUUGGUAAGUUUGUCGAGCUGAUUCUUGAUCUGAAUCCUGAGAUACUCUUGAGACUGCCCGCUAAAUCUGCCGUAAGGUUCCGUUGCGUCUCGAAGCUAUGGUCGUCCAUCACUACUCGUCCAGAAUUCAUCAGAUCGUUCGCGAUCCAGUCUUCAAAACAGCCGUGUCUUCUUGUCUGCGUCGAUGCAAGGGCAAGCAACAAGCGCUUAUUUAUCUCUCUGCCCCAACAUGAUGUGCAUCCGGAUGAAUCUUACUCUUAUGUGGUCCGUGUGGACCGUUUGGACCGUUAUGAGGUAAAUGCUCUUGUUGAAUGCCAACCAAUGUCCGAAUCUGUCCACGGCUUGGUAUGUUUCGGGAAUUGUAACAGGAUAGUAGUUUGUAAUCCUUCGAUGAGACAACAUGUUACCUUACCCAAACCCGAACCCAGGGUCAAGUCUAUACGUAGCUGUUUAGGAUACGAUCCAGUCAGCGAUAAGUAUAAAGUAUUGUGCAUCUCAGGCAAAAGAUUCCAAGAUCCUCUUGUUUUCACAUUGGGACCUCAAGAAUCAUGGAGAGUGACCCAAAAUAGCCCUAGACACUUCCCUACAUAUGCCAUGGGACGAAUAGGUAUAUGCAUCAACGGGCAUGUGUAUUAUCAAGCAACGAUACCUUAUAAAGUGGAUAACAGUUACAAAGAGGAAAAAUUGAUUAUGAGCUUCGAUGUGAGGUACGAAAAGUUCAGCACAAUAGAAAAACCAGCUGAUCCUACAGUAGAUGGCAAAUUUUUGCUCAACUAUGAAGGAAAAUUAGCAUGUGGUUGCACCGGCUUCUCUUCUAUAAGGUUUUGGGUUUGGGGGGAUGGGGAGAAACAAGAAUGGUCGCUUAGAAACUUUAUUUUGCCUUUUCCAGGCUUUCGUCAAAGGGACCCGGUCUUUGGAUGUUUACUGGAGCUGAAGGGUGUUACUCAUGAUACUGGUGAGUUCAUUUUUGCAAUGAUGGUUGAUGCAUUUUGUGUUCUAUAUUAUGAUCCAAAGAGAGAGCGUGCAAGGUGGAUCGAAUAUGAUGAAGGCAUUGGAGAGCAAGAAUUCUGGAUUCGUAACGGAAUUUUACGUGGCACCUAUUACUGUCACGAUUGGUUUCCCAAUCACAGUGAGAGUCUCAUGUCUUUGGAUAACGUCCUUUGCUCAGUGGCGGACCUACAUGGAGUCUUGGGCCGGUCGGGUCAUCCCGGUUAAAUUAAAAGUUAGCAUUUGGACUUAGUAACGCCUUUUAUUAUUGAAAAUUUGGUUGAAAGUUAAAUUGUUUUCCCUUCCAAUUCACGUUAGAUGCUUUCCAGUGACCCCUUUUCUCAUUUUUUAUUUUAUUUUAGUAACUUUUGCAAAGACUAAAUAGUGGAUCAUGGAUCAUACAAAGAUCAG